CAGUUUGCAUGACGUCCAACGACAACACCGGGGCCCAGCACCUGUCAUGUCACUCGAACCUCAUUCCUAAACCGCGGAUCGAGCGUCGCAUGUGAAGUAUGGUAUAGGGCUGUCCAGUCUCUGUGACUGUCUCCUGGUGAGAGCAGGAGCUGCAGGGUGUUAUUUCUUGGAGCUGGAUGUUGUGCGGGCAUGCGUUCAGUCUGCUGCUGCGGAAGCACCGAUUUAUUUUUGGCCCCUGACAUGAGAGCUCACCCUUCGCAAUGGCAGGAGCGAACCCACAGAGGUGCGGCAGCACCACCGUGUGACUGGACCUCUGGUCGUUAAGCACACGGAGCAGGUCUACAAAAUAAUGAAGGAUUCACAACAAGGACUGGCCGGUACGGGAUACGCCUGUUGUGAGCUCUGAGAGCAGAACAGCCCUGUACUUCUGGUGGUGAACCGGCAUCGCUCCAUCAUGACCAAAGACGAGGAGAUCCCUGACUGGGUGGGAGCUCAGGAGUUCUACGACAAGUAUGAGACCAAGGAGAUUCUGGGGAGGGGUGUGAGCAGCGUGGUGCGUCGCUGCGUCAAUAAGCGGACGUCUCAGGAGUACGCUGUGAAGAUCAUCGACAUCACCCCGUCAGACAAGAUGACCCCUCAGGAGAUCCAGGAGAUCAGAGAGGCGACGAUCAAGGAGAUCGACAUCCUCAAGAAAGUCUGCGGACAGGACAACAUCAUACAGCUCAAAGACUGCUAUGAGUCCAAAGCCUUCUUCUUCCUGGUUUUUGACCUGAUGAAAAGGGGUGAACUUUUUGACUACCUCACAGAGAAGGUCACUCUGAGUGAGAAAGAAACCAGGAAGAUCAUGCGCGCUCUGCUGGAGGUGGUCCAGUAUCUCCACACCCAGGACAUCGUCCACAGGGACCUGAAGCCUGAGAACAUCCUCUUGGAUGACGAGAUGAACAUCAAACUCACCGACUUUGGCUUUGCUGUGCAAAUCCAGACGGGGCAGAAGCUCAAAGAGGUGUGUGGGACCCCUGGUUACCUCGCUCCUGAGAUCAUCGAGUGCUCCAUGGACGCAGGACAUGUAGGAUAUGGCCCUGCAGUCGACAUAUGGAGUUCAGGGGUGAUCAUGUACACACUGCUUGCAGGCUCUCCACCCUUCUGGCACAGGAAACAGAUGCUGAUGCUGCGUAUGAUCUUGGCCGGGAACUACGAGUUCUCAUCUCCUGAAUGGGAAGACCGCUCAGACACGGUCAAAGAUUUGAUCUCUCGAAUGCUGGUGGUGGACCCAAAGAAGCGCUACACAGCUACAGAUGCUCUCAACCACUCCUUCUUUUCCCAGUAUGUGGUGGCUGAAGUACGACAGUUCAGUCCAUACAGGCGUUUCAAGGUCAUUUGUAUUACUGUGCUCGCCACAAUGAGGAUCUACUGCAGCUACCGCCGUGUCAAGCCUGUCACCAAGGAUGUGAUCAAAAGUGACCCGUAUGCCAUCAAGCCCAUCCGGAAGCUCAUUGACGCAUGUGCGUUCAAGAUCUACGGCCACUGGGUCAAGAAGGGCCAAACCCAGAAUAGAGCGGCACUUUUCGAGAACACUCCCAAGGCCAUCUUGCUGUCGAUAGCUGCUGAAGCCUAUGAGCCGGUCCACCACAUCUGGUAACAAGCGCUUGUUCCUCAGGGCACAUCUGCUGGAGCUUAGCAGGGAUAUGGUUCUAAUGUGUGGCUUUUAACUUUUUCCCUUCCUGUAAGAGAACUGAACUGGUAAAACAUAACUGACUGCUACCAGACAAAGUACAUUUAAGUGUUAAUACCAACAUAUUUUGCUCAUGAAUUUUAAAAGCAGUUUUGAUCACUAUAGUGCUUUUGUUUACCUCAAGAACUGCAAGUGUGGCAAACAAAUCUGCAACAAUACCACUCUGGUGUGUUCAUUUGUUUACUUGUCAGAAAGGUAGAAAAUGACUUAAAGAACAGAUUUCCUAGUUUUAAAAAUCCAUCAAAAACAUAUUUACUGUGAAAACAAGCUUACUUCAGUUGAUGGAAAAUGUUAUUUAAGAGACCGUGUCUAACAGUGUGCAACAAUAUGUCAAAAGUGGACACAGGGAUUCCACCCUCUCUCUUUUACUGUAUGAUACACAAACUGAUUCCAGUGUGCUACUCACAAUUAGAAUACAGGUUUCAGUUUUAAAUGAUCGUACCCAUAGAUUCAAAGAAUUUCUGGUAAGGAACAUUCUUCUUUUGCUUACAUACAUUUUUGUCACAACUAUGAAGCUGAGCACCCAAAGCAAAACUCUGUGGACCUAAUUUGCACACAUUUCUAACUGGAAUAUGAAACGGUGAACUUGCAUACUUAAAAUGGCACUGAUCAUUUGCACUGCAUUUGUACUGGCAACAGCUUCAAAGACAUUUUAAGCAGGGUAGCAAAUGUGCUAUUUAUUUAUUAAAAUGUUCAUUUCAUUAAAAUUUGAGGACUGUU